UCAUUAUGUACAUUUGUGUAGAAUUAUUAUUUAUAAUGAUGUUUGAUUCAUUAUAAUGAACAUAUUCUGUGAUAUAAUCUUUUGCAUUUUCAUUUCCUUUCCUAAUUAAGUUACAAAUGAACAACUGGACAACAGUAAACAACUGGAGCACAUCUAAUACCAGGCAGAAAAAAAAAAGUUUCCAUAGCUGAUAUGAUUACCACCAAACUGGAAACAUGCAAGACACUAGCUACUUUUGCGAAGAGAGCAAAAUAUACGUUUUUAUUUUAUGUGAACGGGUUAGUAGCAUGUUAUAUAAAACACCCAAGUUGACUAUCAGAAUGACAGCAGGCUAAGUGGGUUAAGGCUGCUAAUUUUAUUGAUAUAUAAGCAAAUGCAUUACUAUCACGUGUGCAUGAAUGAAACAUAGACCGGAUGAGCGACCCACGGUAAACACAUUUGCUAAACAACCCGAAGUCUGGUGUUGGUGUGUCCCCCCCCCCGAGUUGGUCCAGCCCAACAUAUCAUUCAGAUGGCCCGGGCCGUUCCUGUUAGUCGUGCGCGUGUUACAGUGCCGCGGGCGCACGGUGGUUGGGCUGGUAAAAGCUGCAAGUGCUCCGCUGACGCGCUCACAUAGUCGUGCCUUUAGCGAUGCAUGUGACGUGUGCAACAUAUGCACCGCUCUGAGAACAGUUUUACGUGACACGGGCUUAGUCGUCUGGGGACACUUGCUCGGCUCGCGCGAAACAUCACCAGUAUGCUUCCUUGGAAGAAGAGCAAGUUUGACCUGAUCGAGGAAGAGAAGCUUUCCAAGCAGAAGGGCUAUGCCGCGAGCUUCAGCUACUCCGCGCUCACCUCCUUCGCCAAGUCCUGUCCGGAGAGCGCGCUGAACAGGGUCGGCAGCAUGUUCAAGUCCAAGCGGAAAAAGCUGCAGAUAAGCGACGAGGACCCCACGUACACGGUCGUAUACCUCGGCAACGCCACCACCAUCCAGGCGAAGGGAGACGGCUGCACGGACACCGCCGUGGGCAAGAUCUGGGGCAAGAGCGAGAUGGGCCGGAACGGCACGAGGAUGAAACUGACCGUCAGCGCGCAAGGCAUCCGGAUGGUGCACGCAGACGACAAAGCGAGGAAACCGGGGCAUUUGUACUUAUUGCACAGGAUCACGUACUGCGUCGCAGACGCGCGGCUUCCCAAGAUCUUCGCCUGGGUCUAUCGGCACGAGAUGAAGCACAAGGCGGUAACGCUGCGCUGCCACGCCGUGCUCGUGGCCAAGCCGGAGAAGGCGAAGGCCAUGGCGCUGCUCCUGUACCAGACGUCGGCCACCGCGCUGGCGGACUUCAAGCGGCUGAAAAGACGGGACGACGCGCGACACCAGCAGCAGCAGCUGAUAGGGGAGCGCACGAUCCCCCUCGUGCCCCUCAGGAAGCUUCUGAACGGGCCGUGCCACUACAGACCGCCGGUGGAGCGCAGCAGGAGCGCGCCGAAGCUGGGCUCCAUCACGGAGGACUCGCUCGGGGAGGAGGCGGAGGAAAAAGCCGCGCGUUUCGAGCGCGAGGACGUACCGGGCGCCGGCGGCGACCGCGCGCGCAACGGCAAGCGCGAGCUGUCCCGAAUAAUCGACGACCUCGGGGAGAUGGGGAUCGGGAACGACGUGCAGACGCUAAAGGCCGACCUGAGGGUCGCGCGCCUGCUGUCGGGCGAGAGCUCGUGCAGCGCGGGGUCCGUCUCGAACGGCGCCGAGGACGGCGCGCUGCGGGAGGUCGGUUGACCCGUUCCCCACCCCUCACCCCCCCGUCCGAACCAAAACUCUUGUCACGUAACAGCGAACCGCGCGAGGACGGUUUCCGAGGACGCGCCGUUUGCAUUCC